GAGGCAGACAGUGUGAAGUCUUACACAAAGGAGGCUUUAUCUGCAUUUGAAAAAGGGAGAGAAAUGAGGACAGGACAGUAAUGUGGACAGGAGAAAGUCAGUGAAGAGUCACUGGAGCAACCGGAGACACAGCUGCGUACGGCUGUUAGAUCUGAGCAGUGGGAGGGAGCUUAAAAGAGAAAGUGAAACUCAGCAGGAGGUUUAAGACGGAAGCAUGAUGAAGCCGAAAUUAUCAAGGUUUAAGAAAAAAGGGUCCUGAGACAUUUUUGACUCAACCAUAUGAAUGUGAAAACUGGACAAAUCUGUCUGGCAGACAUCCAGCUCCCACAUCAGAUGGUCCAUCAUUGCUCCUCAUCUUUGGGAAGUGAUCAAGUUUAAUACUUGCUGUCAGUCUGUCACACUAUUAUUUUUUUCUUUUUAAGUCAGUGGUUGAAGGACAUUUCCUAUACAAUGGUCUUGGUAAGACUAUUAGUGCUGUUUCUGUUCCACAUGUCUCUGGUUGGGUCUCAGCCAGUACAGAGUUCACAGCCAGUACUAGGAGAACAGUCUCCUUUGACUACUAGUGAUCUGUCCUUCCCUUGGAGCCGUCUUCGCCUUCCAAGGUACAUCUUUCCACUUCACUACCACUUGCUCCUGCACCCGAACCUCACAAGCCUCAGAUUCACUGGCUCAGUGCAGAUCCAGAUUGAUGUCCAGAACAACACAAACUGGGUUGUAUUGCACAGCAAGGGUCUACAGAUCUCCAAGGCCACUAUAUUGGACCAGAAUUUAGCUCAUCUGUCUGACCAGGUUCUUCCAGUUCUUCAUAACCCUUCCCAUGAGCAGAUUGGCAUUUUCUCUCCCAGGGUGCUCAGUCAUGGGCAAAAAUACUUCCUGUGUAUUGAGUUUGAGGCAGAACUUGCAGAGGGCUUCUAUGGCUUCUACAAGAGCACAUAUAGAACCAGCACUGGAGAGACCAGAACAUUAGCUUCCACACACUUUGAGCCCACAAGUGCUCGGAUGGCAUUUCCUUGUUUUGAUGAGCCAAGCUUCAAAUCCAACUUCUCCAUACGGAUCAGGAGGAGUCCAGAGUACAUUUCUCUGUCCAACAUGCCCGUGGUCAAGACGGUUGAAGUAAACAAUGGCCUCCUUGAGGACCAGUUUGAUGCAAGUGUAAAGAUGAGCACGUACCUGGUAGCUUUUGUCAUCUGUGACUUCAAAUCUGUCACUGCAACAACAUCUUCUGGAGUGCAGGUGUCCAUCUAUGCCAGCCCUGAGAAGUGGCUACAAACCCACUAUGCCCUGGAGGUUGCUGUCAAAAUGCUAGACUUCUAUGAGCAGUAUUUCAACAUUAACUAUCCUCUACCCAAACAAGAUCUGAUAGCCAUCCCAGACUUCGAGUCUGGUGCAAUGGAAAACUGGGGUCUGACCACCUACAGAGAGACCAGCCUUCUCUUUGAUCCCCUCACGUCCUCCAUUUCAGAUAAACUCUGGAUUACCAUGGUAAUCGGUCAUGAGCUUGCUCAUCAGUGGUUUGGUAACUUGGUGACCAUGGAGUGGUGGAACGAUAUCUGGCUCAAUGAAGGAUUUGCCAGAUACAUGGAGUACAUUUCAGUUGAGGCCACCUACCCCGACCUCAAAGUGGAGGAAUAUCUACUGCAUACCUGUUUUGCAGCAGUUGGAUACGAUUCAUUGAACUCGUCGCGACCAAUAUCGAGCCCGGCAGAGAACCCCACACAGAUCAAACAGAUGUUUGACACAGUCUCCUAUAACAAAGGAGCUUGUGUCCUGCACAUGCUGCGACACUUUCUGACAGAUGAUGUGUUCCAGAGUGGGAUCGUACGAUACCUUCGUAAAUACAGCUACAGAAAUGCACACAACCAGGACCUGUGGGACAGUCUGGCCAAUACAUGCUCAGAGGAGGACUUUGUCUCGGGAAAACACUGUUACAGCAGCAACCAGGCCUCCAAGAAUGCAUACCUGUUUGCAGGGGAACACCUGGACCUGACAGCCAUGAUGAACACUUGGACUCUGCAGAAAGGUAUUCCUGUGGUAACUGUAACUAGGAAGGGGCCUUACCUUCAGCUUAGACAGGACAGGUUCCUGAGGAUAGUGCUACCCACUGAUCCCCUCUGGUCCACACUGCAACAGGGCUUCCUGUGGCAUAUCCCUCUGACAUACAAAACAGAUGCUUCCAGCACCAUCCACAGACACCUGAUGACAACACAGACAGACAGUAUACAUAUAGGAGAGGAAGUCAGCUGGGUGAAAGUAAACAGUGACAUGACAGGCUACUAUGUAGUUCAUUACGAGGAUGGUGGUUGGGACGUGAUGACCAAACUACUUUUGGAAAAUCACACUGCUCUGAGUUACAAAGACAGGACUCAACUGAUACACAAUGCCUUUCAACUGGUCACGGCAGGUCAUCUGCCACUCAAUAAAGCCUUGGACCUGAUUGGUUACCUGCGUUCGGAGACACACAAUGUGCCUCUCCUCGAAGGACUGGGAUAUCUGGAGAGCUUUUACCAGAUUGUUGAGAAAAGGAAUGAGACUGAGCUAACAAGGAAACUGGGGACCUACAUCCUGCGAUUUUUCCGUGCCAUCAUUGACCAGCAGACGUGGACUGACACGGGUUCUGUGUCAGAGCGACGGCUGAGGUCUGAGGUCCUGUCACUGGCUUGCCACCUGGAUGACCCCUCCUGCCUGGAGCGAGCUCGUCAGAGCUUUAAAGACUGGCUCCAGUCCAAUGGUACACUCAACUUGCCCACUGAUGUGGCAGAAACAGUGUAUUCAGUUGGAGCGCAGGAUGACCACGGCUGGGCCUCACUCUUUCACACAUACAACAUUUCUCUCUCUGCAGCACAAAAAAGCAAAAUCCUGUUUGCCUUGACCUGCACUAGAGACAAAGACAAAUUACACAGACUGCUGGAGUUGGGUCUGGAAGGGAAGGUGAUUCGAUCCCAGGACCUGUCACGUCUCAUCCUGAUGGUGGCCAGGAACCCGCAGGGACAUCAUCUUGCCUGGAACUUUGUCAAAAAGAACUGGGAUACUCUGGUUCAAAGGUUCCAGUUGGGUUCAUUUUGUAUUAGAAACAUCAUCAUUGGUACCACAGGCCAGUUCUCACAUCAGGAAGAGCUCAUUAAUGUGCAGUUGUUCUUUGAUUCCAUCAAAGAACAGGCGCUUCAGCUGAGAGCUACACAAGUUGCCAUGGACAACGUGCAGAAAAAUGUUCGCUGGAUUCAGAGGAACCUGGAGCCUCUGAGAAACUGGCUGAACGACCGAAUGAAAUGAAAUGACAGUAGGAAGAGUGCUGAUAACUGAUAGGUGCUGCGGGGGGAAUAUUUGAAAGAUUCUUGAAUUUGUUUUUAUUUGCAAACUGCAACAUGUUUGACUUCACGGAUGAGUUGACAGUUUUGUAUAAGAAAAAAUGUUUUGUAAAUUUUCAGGGGUCAUAUUUGUUAGAUGAAAAUUUAAUUGGUUUAACUGACAGCUGAGUAGUAGUCAUGGGAAUAAGAAGCAGUGUGUGUACCAUGAAUAUUGCACAUUGUCUGUGUGUGUGUGUGUGUGAGAGAGAGAGAGAGAGAGAGAGAGAGAUCCAUUCCAAAGUGACACUCAAAUUCUGUGUAAAUGGAUUAGUAAAUAGACAAUUAAAUUCUUUGUUGAACCUCCUG